CACAGAAGGAGCAGAGGAAAAAAAAGAAAAAGAAAAGGAAAGAACCAAAGAAAUAAGAAGACGCCACCAACUACCAUUCUUUUCCCUUUGUAUUGCAGAAACUGUGAUCCUCACAAGAUUCUCACAUUCAUCUCAGAAAGUUUCUGAAACAUUGGGUAAAGAAAGGGGUGAUUGGAGAGGGAAAAAUGUCCUCCAUAAUGCAUGGAUCACUGCUGCAGACCAUAGCAGAUUGUGACCAAGGAUUGCUGAGAAGGGGGAAGUACCACAUGGGCAACACCCAUCUUCCCAAAGAAAAACAUUCUUCUUUGAGGGCAAAUAGGAGUGGUAGAAGUAAAGGUAUUUGCUGCCAAGACUUGCAUAUGAGUACCCCUAAGCCAGAGAGACAUGAGCCUCCCAAUCGACAUGGCUCGAGAACGGACGCUGUCCUAAGCCCUGUAAUACCUACUACUACCAAAAAGAGAGAAGCCAACAUGUCGUGGGUAGCAGAAAAGCCAGAAGAAACCCAAACGCCAAGGGUAGAGCAGGAAAAGAUGGAGAAGUUGAACGUGUCGCACACGUGUCCUAGAGUAUUCACUUUUGGAAAAGGAAGGAGUGAGGGUAACAAGAGCAUGAAGUCCUUGUUGGGAGGGAAGGGAGCAAACCUUGCAGAGAUGGCGAGCAUUGGGUUAUCCGUUCCGCCUGGACUGACCAUCUCAACUGAAUCAUGUCAAGAGUACCAGCAAAAUGGAAAUAGAUUGCCUGAUGGCUUGUGGGAAGAGAUAUUGGAAAGCCUGGAAAGUAUUGAAAAGGACAUGGGAGCUGUUCUUGGAGAUCCAUCUAAGCCUCUCCUUCUCUCAGUUCGGUCUGGUGCUGCUAUCUCAAUGCCUGGAAUGAUGGACACUGUCCUUAACCUUGGAUUAAAUGAUGAAGUCGUUGCUGGCUUGGCUGCAAAAAGUGGAGAGCGUUUUGCUUAUGACUCUUAUAGACGGUUUCUAGACAUGUUUGGAAAUGUUGUGAUGGGCAUUUCACAUUCAUUGUUUGAGAAGAAGUUGGAAAUGUUGAAGAUUGCAAAAGGCAAGACACUUGAUACUGACCUAACCGCCUCUGAUCUUAAGGAGCUCGUGGAACAAUACAAGGAUGUAUACAUUGAAGCUAAGGGCGAAAAGUUUCCUUCAGACCCAAGAAAACAGUUGCAGUUAGCUGUCGAGGCUGUUUUUGAUUCUUGGGAUAGCCCAAGGUCCAAGAAGUAUCGAAGCAUUAAUCAAAUCACUGGGUUGAAGGGAACCGCUGUGAACAUCCAAUCCAUGGUGUUUGGAAACAUGGGACAUACCUCUGGGACUGGAGUAUUGUUCACUAGAAAUCCAAGUACUGGUGAAAAGAAGCUGUAUGGAGAGUUCCUCAUCAAUGCUCAGGGUGAGGAUGUAGUUGCAGGAAUUCGGACGCCUGAAGACUUGGACACCAUGAAAAAUUGCAUGCCUGAAGCUUAUAAAGAGCUGGUUGAGAACUGUGAAAUUUUAGAGAGACAUUACAAAGACAUGAUGGAUAUUGAGUUCACAGUCCAAGAGAAUAGGCUAUGGAUGCUGCAAUGUCGGUUGGGGAAACGUACAGGUAAAGGUGCCGUGAAGAUAGCCGUAGAUUUGGUAGAUGAAGGACUUGUUGACACUCGUACUGCGAUUAAGAUGGUCGAACCGCAACAUCUCGACCAACUUCUUCAUCCUCAGUUUGAAGAUCCUUCUGCUUACAAAGACCAAGUAGUUGCAACAGGCUUGCCUGCGUCUCCCGGUGCGGCCGUGGGACAGGUCGUCUUCAGUGCCGAUGAUGCUGAAGCGUGGCAUGCCCAGGGAAAGAGCGUCAUCUUGGUAAGGGCAGAGACCAGCCCAGAGGAUGUUGGUGGUAUGCAUGCCGCUGCAGGUAUAUUGACAGCCAGAGGUGGAAUGACAUCUCAUGCUGCUGUCGUUGCUCGUGGAUGGGGAAAAUGCUGCAUUUCUGGUUGCUCGGAUAUAAGAGUAAAUGACUCCGAGAAGGUUCUUGUCAUUGGAGAUCUGGUGAUCAAUGAAGGUGACUGGAUAUCUCUCAAUGGCUCUACUGGUGAAGUGAUAUUGGGCAAACAACCACUCUCUCCACCAGCUUUAAGUGGGGAUCUAGAGAUAUUUAUGUCUUGGGCCGACCAAAUAAGACGUCUCAAGGUUAUGGCCAAUGCUGACACUCCUGAAGACGCUCUUACCGCUCGCAACAAUGGCGCUCAAGGGAUCGGCUUGUGCAGGACAGAGCAUAUGUUCUUUGCAUCUGAUGAGAGGAUCAAAGCUGUGAGGAAGAUGAUAAUGGCGGCUACAACCGAACAAAGAAAGGCGGCUUUGGACUUGUUACUACCUUAUCAACGAUCCGACUUUGAGGGAAUCUUCCGGGCCAUGGAUGGUCUGCCAGUGACUAUCAGACUGUUGGAUCCUCCACUCCAUGAAUUCCUUCCGGAAGGCAACUUGGAAGACAUUGUCAGACGACUAACUGCAGAGACUGGAAUGACUGAAGAUGAAGUGAUCUCUAGAAUUGAGAAACUCUCAGAAGUUAACCCGAUGCUUGGCUUUCGUGGUUGCAGGCUCGGGAUAUCGUACCCGGAGCUGACAGAAAUGCAAGCACGUGCAAUCUUUCAGGCUGCCAUCUCAAUGUGCAAUCAGGGAGUUAAAGUAUUUCCUGAGAUAAUGGUUCCAUUGGUCGGAACACCACAAGAGCUUGGACAUCAAGUCAGCUCGAUUCGUGGUGUUGCCGAGAAGGUUUUCUCCGAGAUGGGUUCCUCCUUAAAUUACAAAGUGGGAACCAUGAUUGAAAUUCCUAGAGCUGCUCUGGUUGCAGAUGAGAUUGCAAAGGAAGCAGAGUUCUUCUCAUUUGGGACCAAUGAUCUUACACAAAUGACCUUUGGGUACAGUAGAGAUGAUGUGGGCAAGUUUCUUCCUAUUUAUAUAUCCAAAGGAAUUCUGCAAAAUGACCCUUUUGAGGUGCUUGACCAGAAAGGAGUUGGGCAGCUGAUCAAGCUGGCUACCGAAAAAGGGAGGGCAGCCAGGCCUAGUUUGAAGGUUGGAAUUUGUGGAGAGCAUGGUGGAGAGCCUUCAUCUGUUAGAUUCUUUGCAGAGGCUGGACUUGACUAUGUUUCAUGUUCUCCUUUCAGAGUUCCAGUUGCAAGAUUGGCUGCAGCCCAAGUUGCAGCAUAAGAGUGGAAGAGAGAGGGAGGUCAAAAUGGGAAAUAGGUUUGUGGAUUUGUAAAUUAAAAUUGGUGGGUAGAGGAUAUAAAUGUUGUAUAAAUGAAUAACUCUCUUGUUUAAAUGUGUAGAAAUAUAUAUUGUAUACAAAGAACAAAGGAAUAUCAAAUACUGUAUAUAUAUAAUAAAUGGGAAAGAAAGUUUUCAUUGGUUCUGAAA